UUCUCUCGUUUCCUGAAACUGCCUUCUGCUCAGUGCAUUGAGAAAAGAAAAACAAUGGGAAAAGCUACAAGGUGGCUGAAGAGCUUGUUUGGGGUGAAGAACAGCAUAGACCACUCGAACUCCGGUUACCGGAAAAAAGACAACGAGAGGUACAACGUCGGCCAUUCGGGCCGACAACUUUUGUGUCACAACCCCACGACAAUACCACCUAACAUAUCAACAGCAGAGGCAGUAUGGCUAAGUUCAUACCGCAAUGAAGCAGAGAAAGAGCAGAACAAGCACGCAAUCGCCGUCGCGGCCGCCACAGCAGCGGCUGCAGACGCAGCUGUAGCCGCUGCGCAGGCAGCAGUAGCGGUGGUGAGGCUGACGAGUCAUGAUAAGGGAACCAUGUACGGCGGCGGACGUGAGAGGUGGGCCGCUGUUAAGAUUCAGACCGUUUUUAGAGGCUACCUAGCAAGAAAAGCACUGAGUGCUUUGAAAGGAUUGGUGAAGAUACAGGCAAUGGUUAGAGGAUAUUUAGUGAGGAAACAAGCAGCAGCUACUUUUCAUAGCAUGCAGGCCUUGAUAAGAGCACAAGCCACCAUUAGGUCCCGGAAAGCUCGAGCAAUUGCGGAGAGAUUCGAUGAUAUGAGGAAUGAACAUACUGUUUUGAUCCAUAGCAGAAGAUUGUCGGCUUCUCUCGACACUCCUGCCAUGAAUUACAUUGAUGAAAGUCCAAAAAUCGUGGAGGUUGAUACGGGCAGGCCGAAAUCGAGAUCUCGAAGGACCAAUGCCUCUGUAUCGGAUUUCGGGGACGACCCCAAGUAUCAAUCGAUGUCUUCUCCGCUUCCAUGUCGAAUUCCGGCUGGUUUAUCGAUACCGGUUCAAGACAUGGAUUGGGGAUUAACAGGAGAGGAAUGCAGGUUCUCCACGGUACAAUGUACGCCUCGGUUUUUGGGUUCUUGCGUCGGUAAUGCCCCGGUCACACCGAGCAGGAGUGUCUGUGGUGGUGGAAACUACUUGGGACAGUACAGGGAUUCUCCCAAUUAUAUGGCGAAGACACGGUCUUUCAAGGCUAAAUUGAGGUCUCAGAGUGCUCCAAAGCAGAGGCCGAAAAAGCGGGUUUCGCUGGACGAAAUGAUGGAGUCUAGAUGUAGCUUAAGUGGAGUUAAGAUGCAGAAAUCGUGUUCACAAGUUCAGGAAGCUAUUAAUUUCAAGAAUGCAGUGAUGGGGAAGCUCGAAAGAUCCUCGGAGUUGGGCAGAGACCAUUUGCAGAGGAAGUGGUGAAUGUGGAGAGCAAAUAAUGAAAAACGCAGCAUGAUGAACUUUGCCUCUCUUGGAUGUUGGUGAGCAAAGAUAGUUGAGAUGACAACACAGAAUGUGCAGGGAUUCCUAUGUAAACAAGUGC